AUGAAUUUCUUUCGACUUUAUUUCUUUCUUCUUGUAUUGACAGCAACUAUUGUAACGUCAGCUCCUGCUGGUAUGCUGCAACGUAUAAAGAAUUCAUCAAUCGUUCAAAAGGUAGGACAAAAAAUCAACGGACAUAGUUCUGUAAAAAUGCGCGAACAAGAUAGAGUCAGCUUUUUGUCACUCUCACAAAGUCAACUUGCUGAUAGAAAAGCAGCUCAUUCUAUGGCACAAAAUCGAGCAAAUGAAGCAAUGAGGAAUGGAAACAGAGCUGAGCUUUCUAAACAAGCACACAUCGGUAUCGAUAGACAAAAAUCUAUUACAAGAUUGGAAGGAAAUGUCCGUGUCUUGGGAGGUAACAAGCCGGUCAAGUAUAAAGAGAAAGGAAAUAGAGUAACCUUCAUGCAUCAGUGA